AUGGCCUCAACAAAGUCUGAUGAAACUUUACAUGAUGCAGAGAAAGCAGUUGAAGCUAGACAGCAUGAAUCUGCACCGUUUGAUCAAGAACAAUGUCAAAUACCACGAGAUAAAUUUUCACCUCCGAUUAAACGCAUUGUAAUACUUUUAACUGGUUCUUUUAAUCCAGUAACAAUUGCUCAUUUACAUAUGCUUGAAUUAGCUCGUGAUUUUUAUCAUAAUCGUUCAAUUCAAGUUCUUGAAGGAAUCGUAUCUCCAGUAAGUGAUUCUUAUGGUAAAGCAGGUUUAGUUAAAGCAAAUUAUCGUAUUGAAAUGCUUCAAGCAGCUUUAAAAGGUGAUAAAUGGCGUCGUGUUGACAGUUGGGAAGCAGAACAACCAACAUGGACUCGAACAAAACUAGCACUUGAUCAUCAUCAAGAAAUUGUUAAACAGAAAUAUGGUGAAAAUACUCAACUACGUUAUUUAUCAGGUGCUGAUGUUGUACGUUCAAUGUUAAAAGCCGAUGUUUGGUUACCACAAGAUAUUGAUGAUAUAAUGACAAAAUAUGGUGUUGCUUGUAUAACUCGUUUAAGUGCUCCAGAAUCCGGUAAAGGUGGUGCUACAACACCAGAUGUUAAAGAAGGUAUGCCUGAUCUUUGGAAACAAAAUAUUGAAGUUAUACAAGAUUGGGUUGUUAAUGAUAUAUCAGCAACAAAUAUACGAAAACAAUUGGCAAACGGUUGUAGUGUUAAAUAUAUUGUUCCUGAUGGAGCAAUUGAAGUAAUUCGUCAACAUGGAUUGUAUAAGUCAAAUGAAUCUGUAUGUUUAGCUGAUUGGCCAUGUGAAAAAUCAAAAGAUUAA